AUAUGCUGUAAAUUUAUGUUAAAUUAGUGUUAGUGUUCAUAAUAAAGUGAUUAUUACGAUGGAAUUAAUGGAAUCGCACUUAAAAUCAUUGUUUGAUGCCGUUGAAAAUGGUAAUCCAACAGAAGCUUUCCUGAUUGUAACAAACAUAAAUGCACUCAUUUCAAAAGAAAUUGAUUAUAAUGCAGCUGAGCCUUAUAUAGUUGCAACGCUUGGAGACACCCCUUAUAGCUUACAUAAUUUCAUUAUACUAACUACGUCAAAAAAAAACUUUAUGCAAUCUGUGAAAGAAGUCACUGAAAUUAUAUACGUUCUGAUUACGGAAUUCCCAAAAAAAGUUAUCCAUUAUGUUACAAAAAUAAUUGCCACAUGCAUUGCCGCACAAAACGCCGGCGAUGCAAAAUUAAAACAGAAAGCUCAACAGAUUAUCAACAACAUUCUGAUUAAGAGAAUUCCUCUAUCGGAAGAUGAUCAGAAUAAAAUAUUUAAGAAGGCAAUUUCUAACAUCAAAUUUAAGGAAACAGCUAGUAUUGUUGUUGCUUGUUCAGCGGAAACUAUUGGAAUGUUGGCAAGGUAUUAUUCAUACGUAGGAUGCGAUGAGUUGCAAACGACUUUAGUAAAAUUCCUCUACCAAGAAGUUUACUCUAAGAAGGUUUCUCAACCGACGAUUACUGGUUUGUUCGCAUGCAUAAAUAAUUACAUGUGUUGUUUUGAUAUAUCAGAAGAAAAUAUAAAAUUAUUACAUACGUGUUUAUUAAAAUAUGCUGAUUAUAAAGGAUCCGAAAAAAUCAGAACCGCAUACAGAAAUGCAUUGGAAUGUUUCGCACAGCACUCUUCGAAAUUUAAAAAAGAGAUUUUUGAAAAUCAUAAGUUGUGGAAAACCUCCUUGCUUCCGUGGUUAGAAAGUAACGCAGAAGAUUUCAGAGCUGGAAUCAAAGCUUUAGAUGCUUACAACUUACAAGUUGCUUUAAGUUUAGUAAACGAAGAACAUAAUUUAAUGACCAAAGAUUUGUUAAAAAACUUUAAGGACGACAUAUCUAGCAGAAGAUUUAAUGGUGAUAGAAUGGACCUAUCUAUAUCAGCUUUAGGAUAUUUAGCUGUUCCAUGCAAGAUUCACUUCGGCAUGACUGAAGUGAACAACAUAUUUCUGUAUUUAAUCCAACAAUUGGAAUAUCUUUAUAUGCAGGAUCCAGACUUAUGCGAGAAAUACUUACAGAACUUACCUACGUAUAUUAAAACAAUUUCGGAAUACAUCGAGCAAAUGGAUGAAAUUAGUUUCAAACAUGUUAAAUCUCUACAACGCAUCACCGUAUUAUUGAUCAAAUUAUUUCCUAAAUUAUUAAUACGACAUCAAACCAUCGCUGCCGAUGCAUUGAUCAUCAUAUUUUAUCGCAUCUACUGUUGUCGAAAUUUCAAAUUGAAGUAUUAUCUUAUGGAUGUGAUACAUCAAAGUGUACUUUGGACCUGUAGUCACACCUUAGCCGUCGAGGUUAUCAAUGAACAACAAACAACUUACAAAUCAUUCUUACCAUUGUGGAGAAGCCUGAUGCUUUUACCUAAUACUGGGAAGUUUGAGAAAAUUGGUUUGAAUAAGAAAAUUAGAAAACACAUAACUCAAGCCAUGUUAAAAGAACUAGUUUUUACAGUGAUAUCGAUGAUUUACAAACUGAAUUUAAAUUUGCAGAGAAAGGAUGAUGAAAUGGCUACGAGUGAUCUUGGUAAUUCAUUUGAAGCCACUAAACAGGCUGAUUUUGCGAUGUUUGUUAAUAUCACUGAUUUUUGCGUGGACUUAUUAGAAUCCGUAGAUCCAACAUUAUUCAGAGAAUACAUAUCAUUGUUCAAUAAACAGUUAAUCACUAAAUCUCUGGAACAUCCACUUGUCAGUGGAUUUUACAAGAUGUUGGCUGCAUCAUUGAAACUAUCUGAUAAAAUGGGAUAUAUUAAAGAAGUUAAAACCACAGAAAACGAAUCUUUGAAAUACAUGGUGCAAUUCUUGCGUGGAGUAUUUUUGAAAAUUAAAUAUUACAAAGACGAUUUGCAAGUUGCAUGCUUGCAAAUGUUCCUCGCUGCACCAUUAGAAAUCAUCGAAGCCGUCAAUAUAGAAUCCAUUGAUUUGUUCAUAGCCGUCUUCACGAUUGGCAGAAGGAUUUUGACAAUUGCGGAACUUGGAUUGAAGACAUUGACUCGUUGGUGUGAUCAUCUCUCGAAAGAGCAAAUGCGACCAUUGCUAGUGAAGAUUUUACCACAUUUGGACUCGUUCUUACGGUCGCAAUCAGGUUCUGGUCCAGAAAACAUAAAUUUAGAAACGAGAAAGACUAAAAAAGUUUUAAAGAAAAGAAGAAUUUUAGUGGAAGACGAGCCCGAGCUGUUAAAAUUGAAGAAACAAAUAUUGGCGUUUCUAGGAAGGAUGGAUGGUGAUUUGUGCUUGGAAUUUGUCCAGCACGGAGGUUUGGCUGAGGUUAUUUGGAACAAGAAUAUGAAUUUAAAAGUCGAUCUGCCAUAUCCUGAAAACGUAAUGAGUUUGUACUUGGAUAAACUGAUGCCCAGAAUCUUGGAUUUAGCAAUUUACUGCAGUGACAGGAAGAAACGGUUCACAGCUUGUGAAGUUUUACAUACGGCAGUGCUAAUUUUCCUUGGUAUUUCAAAGCAAAUUUCUGAUGAGACAAAUAUGAACAAACUAUUAAGCAGGAUGUGCAAAGUACUUUUGUGCUUGGGAUGCGAUGCCGAUAAGGAUAUAACAAAUUUAUUUAAACCAUUAUGUCUACAAUUAAUGCAUUGGUAUUCAUCCUCGCAUUGUCUGGAAGCACAGUGUCAGGUUGUACUUGAUACCUUAUUUGAAGGAAUUUCACAUCCUAAUGAUGGAAACGUAAGAGAUUUCUCUGGGAUUUGCAUUAAGGAAUUCGUGCAUUGGACUAUUAAACAGAAUCCCCAAGAUUCUAAGCUUGAAAAAAAUGAAAAUAUUUUAAAAAUCGUUGAGAAUAUCCGCUUUUUUGCAAAACAUCCGGAUUCGUCAAAAAAGUUAGGAGCGGCACUGAUUUUUAAUAAUAUCUAUGUGGACAUUAGAGAAAAGGACAUACUUUUGAAGAUGUAUUGGUUAGAUAUAUUAGAAAUAUUUGUUAAUUCAUUUUAUACAGAUGACUCGGAUCAAAUUGAUAUAAUUAUGGAUAGAUUAUUACGAGUGUUGAGAGAAAGGAAACAUUUGUUACCAACAAUUAACGUAAGCCACUUUCUUUUAAAGCAUUGUUCAUCGCUAAAUUCCGGGAUCAGGAAAAAGUGCAUGGAUUUGUUCACGAAAUUGGCACCUAGUGAGGAAUUUCAUUUAGAUUCAAAUGAAUUCCAGCAUCAUUUAAUAGAAAAUUCUCAAUUUCAAACAACAAGUUAUGAACAUAUUAUCAAUUGGAUUUCAAGUCUUGCAUGUUUAAUCGAAGGUUCUAUAUUUAGCACGAAAAAUCACAUAAGCUAUGAUACAAACAAAUUAAUUGAAUAUUUAAAUCAUUAUAUUGUGGAACGAUGUUGGGAUUCAGAUAAAUUUCUAGCCCAGAAAAAUCCAAUUGCCUUAAAGAAUAUGCAAAGCAAUUUGGAAGUAUUGCAUAAUUCAAUAAUUAAAUUUGCCUCAAUAGAUUUGAAUAUUAUUUUUAAUAUAGAAUUUUGCAAUUUCUUGAUACACGAAAUUAUGGAUAAUUCCACAGAAGAUUUAUUCAAAUUAAUUGUCUCGUUUCAACCAUCUCAAAUGGUCAUCUUUACUGAACAGUUAAAACUUUAUAUAAUUUCUUCAAAAACGCAAUCUUCGUAUUUGCAGAAAACUGUACUACGAGGUUUAAUCAAGUUACAUUGCGAAACUGGAAUAGAUAUGGGGGAAUUAUAUAAUUUAAGUGAAGAUAUUGCAGAGCUGAAGUCAAAUUUAAGUGAUAAUUUGUAUGUGCUGGAGUACUACGAUUUAAAACUUCAAUAUCUCGGAAGGAAUAAUUUCAGCAUAAUUUUGGACAGUCUGAAAGAUUUCGAAAAAGUGUUUGAUGAUCAUAAAGAAAUCGAAUUUGGACUAUACAUAUUUAAAAAGUUUCAGAAAACUAUAAUCAAUUUGUUAAGCAAGGAAACUCUGAAUGAUUUCUUGCGUAACGUUGUAAGACACAUCAAACAAGAUGAAGUUUGUAAAUUGCUUGUUGAGAUAUUAAAACAAGGACCGAAAGAUUUUGAUUGUUUGUUAGAAUUCUUUGAAGAAUAUUGGAAUUGGUUGAGUGAAAAUCUUGACAAUGUGGUUAUGAUACUGUCACAGUAUCAAAGUUCUUAUGGAGUAGUGAAUUCAGCAACAAUAGCAAACUGGGUUGAUGAUAAAUUCGGCAUAAUUAAAUCAAUAGCCAAUACACCUGAAGAAAUAUUUAGUUUUGUAACUCAGAUUUUGCAGAUACUUGGAUUCAUUUCCAAUGAUAAAUCAAAGAUUUGUCAGAGAAUUCAACGCGAAAUUAUCGAAUCAAAUCCAAAUUCAAUGCAAAUUACUUUAUGCACUAAACAAAUAGUCGAUGCUGCAACAAUGAGUAAUUCUGUUGAUCUUUUUAUGAUUGCCCUGAACUUUUACAUCGAUUAUAAUCUUACUUGGAAUCUUUCUUUGAUGUUUCAAGAAUUCACCAUGAGCCAAAUUUUAAUUCUAAAUACUAUCUACAAAUGUGUUUUGAGUCAUCCAAAAGCAAUAGAAAUGUGUAACGUUUUAAAGGAGUUAAUUCAUGUUAGCAAUAACCAAGAUUUCCAGAUUUUCUUCUCACAUAUAAUCAAAGAUAUUUUAAAGGAAUUAAGAAUUACCGAAAAUUAUAAGAAAAAAACGAUUAGUUUCAUCUUAAUUGAUGCAUUCUUUGGAAAAGCUAAUGAAGAAAGUAUAAAUACACUUUGCAAAGAUUGUUCCUUGGGAAAUAAGAAACAGUUUUUGUUUAAAAUUAUUGAGAUAUUAUUGAACGUAUGUAAAGAAUCUGUGCCAAUUGAUGAAACUCAAAUGCAAAUAUUUCGACUUUAUCAAUGUUAUGCCUAUAAAGUUGCAGUUACUGUGAUUUGCAAUAGCCAAACUAACAUAGAGUUUUAUAAUAAAUUAUUGAACAGAUUGAAUGAAGAUGGUAAUGAUGUGCUGUGGUGUAAAUUGGUAAAUAAUAACUUAAAUUAUAAUUUUGAACUGUUGGUUGAUGAACAAAUCAAAACUAAAAGCGUUGCAGUCAAUAUUCAAAACAAAUUGAUUGAAGAGCAACCGAAAAUAACGUACAUUCAAUCACAAAAUUUAUUUAUGAGUAGUCUGAGCCAAGGUAUAUCAAAAUACGAUUUUACUAAUAUUGAUAUACGCUCUCAGGUGAAUGUUAAAGACAAGAAGAAAAUUGAAUUGUACGACGUACCUUUGAAUAACCACGAAUGCAUGUCCACUGUUUGCGGAUUACUCAUGCACAUAUUACAACAAGGGUUGAUCCCAAAAGAUAAUAAACCCCCUUGGAUACUUGGAUUUAAAUCAAUUUUACUUAAAGAAUCUACUCCAUUGAACACGAAACUCUUCUUAGCCCAAGCAAUUUUUAAUGUACGAGAUCAUCUUAAACCUUUCUCCGAUGAUUUGAUUAAACCAAUCAUAAACUUAAUAAUUGCUCAGAAUGAGAUAAACGGAUUUACACACGAUAUGUUGAUUAUGAUAUUGUUUUGGUCUCCAAAGUUUGAAGAUGAAGAUUUAUCUAAUUUGAUGAAUCAUCUAAUGAAGCGUGCUUUCAACGAACACAACGAAAUCUUCAAGCGCAAUCUUAUGUUCAUUCAGCACUUAAUUGAGUUAAAUAGUCAGUUUGCUGUUGACUAUGGAUUAUUACUAGAAUCGUUGAAUACAAAUUCAGUUCAUGGCAUCCAGCUUUCACAUAUCCUCUUAGUAAAUAAUAUUAAACCAUGGGGAAAUACAAUACAAAGUUUUGCAAAGAAACUAACAGAUUUACUAAGUAACAGUAAAAUUAAAACUUGUACAAAAGCUGCUGAAACUGUCGGACUUGCAUUAAAGUUUACUGAAAAUUACAGCGCAGAUUUUAAAGAAAACAAGUUACCUAAGUUCGUUCAGCUUGUGAUGAAAAAAAUGGAUGAUUUAUUGAAGAAUAAUAUCAAUAACUUCUAUCAUUCUCUGGAAGCAAUGGCUAAACAUUAUCCGCCAAUUUGCGAUGAGUUUUUAAGCAUCGUCAUAAGUCAUUUAGAAGCUAGUUUUGGUAAUAUUAAAAUUAUUUUGAUGAAGAUUCUUUACGCACGUUUCCAUGUUUUGAAUGAUCAACAAUUAUGUCAUAUAAACUUAAAUAAAUUGUUCGAUGACUCCAACAUCGACGUGCAGAUGUUGACAUUGGAAAUGGUCAAUAAAUCGGUGGAUGUUUUAUCCGUGACUGAAUUGACUGAUAUAUUGAAGAAAUGUGUAGUGUUUUUCAGUCAAAAGGAAGCAAAAUGCAGGAAUAUAAUUUACGAUAUUUUAAUCAAAGUGUAUAGGAGAUAUUGCGAUUCUAAUGAUGAUAUGUGUAUUGAGUUAAUAGAUAAGGCAAAAGAUAUGUUACUUUCUGGUUUCGAUGAAACAGAACCUGAAUUGCAAGAGCAGAUAUUGAAUUUUUGGUUGAGUACCGAGGACAUGCCCAAUAAAUUUUACAAGCGAUUUCUCCACAUUUUGCAACAACUUUAUAAAUGUUCAACGGAGGAUAUAUUCAUGAGCUACAGUUUAGAAAUCUUAUUGAAAUUGAUGGAUAAAAAGAUGAAAAAUAAAAUAUUCUCCUAUGCUCUACACAAGUGCGAUUACAAAGAUAUGAUGUUUUCAAGCAACUGGAGGAGUCAUUCCUCGUUAACGCCGAUGUACGCAGUUGGUGAAAAAUCUUUCGUAGCUACUGCAGCUCCACAGUUUGAAGCUACACAAAGACUUUCUUUGGCUUCUCAAAGAUCCAGUCAUUUGUUGAUUCCUGAUAAUGAUCAAACUGUUGAAACACAGGAAGCCGUUUUUAAGGUUCCGCAAUUCCUAACAAAUUAUCAGAAAAAUAAAAGAUUUAUUAAAGAUAAAAAGGAAGUCAACAAGAUGCAUGCUGCGAGGGAAACGAAAAAGACUCGGACCAAAGAGUGGCUGAGAAAGGAUAUGAGUAAACGAAAAGAGGAUGAGAUUAAGAUUACCAGAAGUUACCGCAUCGGAGAUUAUCCUGAUAUAGAGAUCACUUUUGAAGAUUUGCUAAUUCCGUUAUUAACAUUAUCUAAAAACGAUACGCAAAUUUCACGUUUGUUAUUUACAAACUUCUUCGAUUUUGCUGUGAAUACGGCAACGAAGGAUUCAGGAGAAUUUAUGAGUAAAAUGAAUGAGGCAAUUAAUAAAAUCUUUGGGGACUCAGACAUUUACGAUUCUGGUUUAAUGAGUGCUUUAUUAGAUAUAAGCAUGAAGUAUGAAUCGAUGUGCUUUCAUCCAAACAUUAUAACUUCUGUCGCUCAAAACAGUGGUUUAAUAUCAAUGGGAUGCUUAAUUCUUGAAGAGUAUUUACGUCGUCGAGCAUUUGACGAACCUUCGGCAAAGAGAAUGAGAACUGAAAGUUACAUGAAUAUCGAGAAAAUGCAUUGGAUUCGAUUAGCUGAGUUAUACAAAGAUCUAGAGAACUGGGACAUGGUACAUUCAAUUUUCUUAAACUAUCUUGAUUGUACCGGUACCAAUAUUUCAGCAAUCAAUGCAGAAAAUAAUGGGUUUUGGUCCAAAGCUCAACAGUCAUAUAAUCUUCUUUUAUCAGAAGCUACAAACCCUGAUCUCAAAGAUUUUUACUACCAAUCGUACUUCCAUUGUUGUUCUGAACUUGGAAAUUGGGAUUCUAUGCUUCAUAAUAUUCGUGAAGUUGUAGGCACAGAAAACUGUUUAAAUAAUUUGUUUAAUGAUAAGUGGAACAGAGAUAAACUCUUACCUCACUAUAUCAAAGGAAAUAUUAGAUGCUCCUUAAAGGAUGGAAACUUGAUGAAAUCUUUUUUCCAGGAGCUUGAAUUCUGUCUGAAAGAUAUAAAGACAAACGGAAGUUACUUGAUAUCUAAUUACAGUGAUAAUUUGGCCUUCAUAGGUGUACUGAAAAACGAUCCUAAUUUUAUCAAGACCUAUUUGGAUACGUAUCAACAGAAUUUUCUUGAAGAAUGGGCGAAUUUGAAUCCAUUGUACAGCACGCUCCGCCUCAAGACUAUAAUGCAAAUGAGGACGGCGAUAGAUGUACAACAUUUCUUGGAAUGGUAUGAUCAAAUAACUACGGACAAUUCGCAAGUUAAAUUUAACAGUUUGGGUAAAAUGUGGAUGGAGAGCUCUUUGGAAUCGAUGGGUUCUAUUGUACAGGCCGAAACAAGAAACAUAUAUUGGAAUCAAUUUAUUAAAAUGUUUAAAAAUAAAUUUGGCAAUUUGGAUGGAAUUGACGAUUUGCUAUUUAACUUAGACAUAAAUUUGAUAAAUAAUUGUUUAAAGCAAUCUCAUCUAUCCAUUGCAAAAAAUCAUAUAAAGAAUCACGGAAGUGCUGUGAAAAAUCCCAGUAACAAGAAUUAUCAUUUAACCAAUUUGAUGUUCAGUAAAUGCAUUUUAUUAAGGGCUAAAACUGCCGAAGAUGAGUUCAAAACCUUAAUUAGUGCAUUCCGACACAUUGACAUUGGUUUGCAGAGCGACCAAUUAGAUAUAGCUCUUUCAGCAUCAAUAACACUGAAUAAUUUUACUGAUGAAAUUGUUAAAAUGACAUCUAAAAAGGAUUAUUCUUCAUUGGCAAAAUAUAAAAUUAACAGUCAAAGUGAUUUAAUUCAAUAUAAUUUGCGUACGCUUCAUGAAAAAUUGGUUUUAUGCGAAGAAAAGAAUCUGCACACUAGUCAAAUGGCUGAAGGUUUCUACAAGUUAGCCAAUUUUAAUUUAAAUUCAACUUGUAACGCGACUGCUAUCACGUUUAGCAUAAAAUCAAUGGUUUACGGUUCCAAAGAAGGUCAACUGCUUUUUCCAAACCUUCUGAAUAAAAUGGAUUGUAAGGAUACUCAACAUUUUAUUAAAGAAUGCAAAAACGUUCCAGUCUGGAUGUUCAUUCCAUGGAUUCCUCAACUUUUAGCAUUCAUAGGUUCUCCUAAGACUGAAGCUGUUGGUAAACUUUUAGUUAAAUUAGCGGAAACUUAUCCGAAUGCGCUGCAAUAUUCAUACAGGUUAACCAAGCAGUCUAUGGAUGAUCUGAAUACGGAAUCCAAAGCCUUAUGUGAUUGCCUAGAUAAUUUAUUGGAUAAUCCACUAAUCGAUACACUACUAGAGUCGUUGAAGACUUUGUGCCCUACAAGCGUUGUAAUGAGAACUGCUUUGGAUAAGUUAAGACGUGCUCCGAAUGCAGAUGUUUUCAAAAACGAAGGCGAUAAAAUAUGGCAAAGUUUGUAUGGGAAUUCGAACGUUUAUGAAAAACGAUUCAAAGAAUAUAACAAAUAUAAGAAAUCUAUGCAAUCAAUUCGUGAUGGUGCCUUUGACGUAGAGAAAAUUAAUAUGAAAAUAGUUAAACUGCAGAAUACUAUUUCUGAAAAUGAUUCUACCGAUUUAGGAUACUAUUCUUAUUGGCUGAAAGAUUUCAAAGCGGAAGAGAAUGGUGAAAUUGAAAUUCCCGGACAAUAUAAAGGAGAGGGAAGACCACUACCCGAGUACCAUAUUAAAAUCGCAUCCUUCUCAGGAGAAUUAAAAAUCAUGAAUUCAUUACGGAAACCUGUAGUAUUGUCUAUUAUUGGAAGUGAUACUAAAGAAUAUAAGUUCUUGGUGAAAUAUGAUGAAGACUUGAGGAAGGAUCAACGAAUUCAACAGAUAUUUAAAUUGAUGAACAGCGUACUUAGGCAGGAUAAUAAUCAACAGAAUCUGAACAUUGUUACAUAUGAGGUUAUUCCUUUAACAAAGGAUUUGGGACUUAUCGAAUGGGUCGAAGAUACUCGCGUCUUGGGAGAUAUUAUCAUGGAGGGAAUAAAAUCACAAAGAUCAAAAUUCCGAUAUGAUGAUAUUCGAAAUUCUCAUAGAAACUGGUUAGAAAGUGCUGGAAAAAAGGGAAAUAUAUUUGAGAAUGCUUUAGUGAAAUAUGAUCGAAUCCAAGCAUUUUCUCAAAUGCAAACUUUAUCAUCAAAAAUUCCCGGGAAUCCUUUGAAAAUCUCUUUUGAUGCGAUGAGCGUAGACGCUGAAAACCUGUUUGCACUGCGCGAGAGUUUUAUUAAAAGCUAUACCGUGAUGUGCCUUUGCAAUUGGCUUUUAGGAAUUGGCGAUAGACAUCUAUCCAAUAUUCUGAUUUCAACAAAGAAUGGAAAAGCAAUAGGUAUCGAUUUUGAUACAGCAUUUGGUAAAGCUGUGCAUUUGCAGGUAGCAGAAACAGUGCCUUUCAGAUUAACUCCGCAACUUGUCAAAUUAUUUGAACCGCAUAAAGUGAACGCGUUAAAACCGACUAUGGUUCAUGCAUUAAAGCUUCUUAGAGAAAAACGCGAAGUGUUGAUGUCAGCUGUACAAGUAUUCAUCCAAGAACCUACAACGGAUUGGUUGAAAUCCACCAAUUGCGACUCAAAGAUAUCAUUCGUCGAACGGAAAUUUGCGGGAGAUAAUCCUUCUGAUAUAAUUUGCGAUGAAAUACUUCUACGUCCAAACGAUUCUGAAACAGUUAAAUCUAAGUAUUUGGAAAUUGUAAAAGGAUAUGCAGAAUACAAUGUUAGAGCUACGAAAGCUUCUAAAAAUUUAUCUUGCGAAGAUCAAGUGGAAUGUCUCUUAGAUCACGCGACAGAUUACAACUUGUUGUGCAGAAUGUAUUAUGGCUGGGAUCCAUGGAUUUAAAUUCUUGAAACAUUUGAUUUAUUAAUGUUCUUUUUUUCGUACAUAUAAAAUUGUUAACAUUUUAAGU